AUGGAAAAAUUGCAACAAUACAGACAUGUAUUUAGACAACUGGACAAGAAUGGAGAUGGGAAGCUAUCACCACCGGAGCUCCAAAUUUGCAUUGGAAAGGUAGGCGGAGAGUUGACGUUAGAGGAGGCGGAGAUGGCAGCGGCAAUGAUGGAUUCCGACGGAGAUGGGUUGUUGAGCAUGGAGGAUUUGAUUAAAGUGGUUGAAGAUGCAAACGAAGAGGAAAAGGCUAAUGACUUGAAGAUGGCUUUCAAGAUGUAUGAAGAAAUGGAGGGGUGUGGAUGCAUAACUCCAAAAAGCUUGAAAAGGAUGCUUAGCAAAUUGGGAGAGUCGAGAACUGUUGAUGAUUGCAAGGUGAUGAUUUCUAAGUUUGAUGUUAAUGGUGAUGGUGUUCUAACUUUUGAUGAAUUUAGGGAGAUGAUGUUGUGA